AUGUCUUCUCGAGAAGUUAUUCAUUCAAAUAAUAAUAAUAAACAUCAUAAUGGAAAUGAAGUUGAAUCACAUGAUGAAAAUAAAAAAGCAAUUUCACAAUCACAAGCAACACAAGAAAAUCUUGAAAAUAUAUUUAAUCCAAAAACUUAUGUUCCUGGUUCGAAUAAAUUAUCUCGACAAUAUUUACAAGAACGUCUAAGUCGUUCUAUUCUACAUGAAUUUAGUAUUGAUGAACAAAAAGCAAGAAUUGAAUUAGCUGCUGCUUAUCGAUUAGCUGCAAAAAAUGGAUGGUUAGAAUCAAUCUAUAAUCAUAUUACUUGUAAUGUAUCUGGUCCAAAUAAUUCACAUCAUCUAUUAAUUAAUCCUUUUGGUUUAAAUUAUCGUGAAAUUACAGCUUCAUCUUUGAUUAAAAUUGAUUUAGAUGGAAAUACAAUUCAUCCAGGCAUUGUUGGUGAUAUUUUUGGAAUAAAUAAAGCUGGUUUUGUUAUUCAUUCUUGUAUUCAUCGAGCUCGUCCAGAUAUUCGUUGUGUCAAUCAUAAUCAUAACUGGGCUGUCGCUGGACUUUCUGCAACAAAAAGUGGAGUUAUUGAAUUAGCACAAACAACACAUGUUACUGGAGAGAUUGCUUAUCAUGAUUAUGAAGGUAUUGUUAUAUCAUUAGAUGAACAAGAACGAAUUGUUCGUGAUUUGGGAAAUAAAGAUGUCAUGAUUUUUCGUAAUCAUGGUUUACUUACUUGUGGAUCAUCGAUUGGUAUUGCAUAUUAUCAUGCACUAACAUUAUGUGCUGCUGCACAAAUACAAUCACAUGCAUGUUCGAUGGCUAUGAAUAAAGAUAAUCUACUUAUACCAGAAGAUGAAUAUAUCAAACGAAGUAUGGCUAUUGCUAAACAUUUCACUAAUAAUUCAUAUGGUACUUUGGAAUUUGCUGCUGCUAUGCGUGAACUUGACUAUGAUCAAGAUCAUUCAACUUAUCCAGACUAUCGAAAUUAA